AAAAUACCUACCAGUGUUUAUAAGGGUUUGGUAUGAGUGGAGUGAAUGGUCUUGUGAUGAUCAGUGGGAGCGGUUGGUCUCUGAGAUGUAGGAUGUGCGUGACUCCAGCGGAAACUCUUCCUCUUGUUCUUCUCCUCACAGCUCUCAGUGCUCCUCAACUUCAACUCUUCUCUUACCCUUUUUCUUCACCGAUGGGUUUAUUUGUCUGUCAUUAUAAGACCUUCAUUUCGUCUGGAGAUUUGACCUCGUAAAAGUGAGUCUGUGGGGAAAAUCGCCGGAUGCGUUGGACAAGUGUCAUAUGCUCUGUACAUACCGUAAUUUUGUUGAUGGAGAGGAUUUCGAAUGACAGCCGGCACAGUGGUCAUCACAGGUGGAAUUUUAGCAGCAGUCAUCUUGCUGACCAUCGUCACAGUUCUAUGUUACUGUAGGCUGCAGUACUACUGCUGUAGAAGAGACGAGUUGGAGGAGGAGGAGGAUGAGGAGGAGGCCAACAUUGCCAAGUCAUCUCCAACUCCGCUGCGCCACCUGAGUCUACCAGAGAGUCCACUGAGUCUCCAACACUUCCCCGAAUACGCCUCUUCCAGUCAGCUGCUCAUGACUGCAGAGCCCUUUGAGGCCAACGGACCGCUCAGCUUUCCUCCAUACAACCCCAGAACGCCCUACAAGACGCCCCGCUCCUACACGUUCUGUCCGUCCUGCUCGGGGUACCUGCCGCUUUACAUGAGCCCGCAGGAGAGUCUGCGAAACGGAGGAGGCCGGAUCAGCUACAGGACUCUGCAGCAGGAGGAGCUGGAGCUGCCCAUGGACACGCCGAGCCUCCACAAACUCAACCUGCUCCGCUCGCUCACCAUGCAGGAGGUGUUGACCCCUCACAGCGUCAGCACAGAUGUGUAGCCGCUUCAGGGUUGUGUGCUUCACAUUCGUUAGGCUGCUUUGUUUUAUUACAUCCAACACAUCCACUCGCUUGACCUGUCAGGCAGGUAUUCAUGUACUACACCAGGGGUGCUCAACCCUGUUCCUGGAGAUCUACCCUGAACAAACACAACUAAACCAACGAAGUAGGAUCUGAAUUCUGAGUAAUUGAAGAUUAAUUCGAGUAAUUGAAGAACGGCGUGUUUGCUCAAGGUUGAAGCUGAACUCUGAAGGAAGGUAGAUCUCCAGGAACAGGGUUGAACACCCCUGUAUUGUUUGAACACCCAUUUUGGUCUUUGAUUCUUAUUGGUUGAUUCAUGUUCAAAGCUGUUUUAAACACUCUACAAGCACCUAUGUAAACCAGUUCCUUGGCAACUAUCUGAUUAGCAGCACUGAGCCAAAGAAAUGGUUUGAUUUGCUUUGUUUUAGAUUGUGAUAUAGUUAUUUUAUAAAAGCAAUAAAUCCUAUGAUGGGCGGCGCGGUGGUGCAGUGGGUAGCACCAUUGCCUCACAACAAGAAGGUUGCCGGUUCGAGCCUCGGCUGGGUCAGU